AUGUACAGCAUCUGCAGAGGUGAGGGCAAUGAGGAGCUGCGUCUGUACCAUCAUCUCCUUGACAACUAUGACAGCGCACGCAGGCCUGUGCAGGGGCCUGAGGAUACUGUCACCAUCUCCCUCAAGGUUACCCUGACCAACCUUAUCUCACUGAAUGAGAAAGAGGAGACCUUGACCACCAGCGUCUGGAUUGGAAUAGACUGGCAUGAUUACCGAUUCAACUAUAGCAAGGAUGAUUUUGGGGGUUUAGACAUCCUGCGGGUUCCUGCAGAACUCGUAUGGCUACCAGAGAUUGUGCUGGAAAAUAAUAUCGACGGCCAGUUCGGUGUGGCCUACGACGCCAACGUCCUGAUCUACGAGGGUGGCUUCGUGAGCUGGUUGCCCCCGGCCAUCUACCGCAGCACCUGCGCUGUGGAGGUCACCUACUUUCCCUUUGACUGGCAGAACUGCUCCCUCGUUUUCCGUUCUCAGACGUACAGUGCUGAUGAGGUGGAGUUCAUCUUUGCCGUGGAUGAAGAAGGCAAGACCGUCAGCCAGCUCUAUAUAGACACUGAGGCCUACACAGAAAACGGCGAAUGGGCCAUAGAUUACUGUCCGGGGGUGAUCCGCCGCCAGGAGGGUGACUCCGCUGAUGACUCGGGAGGCAGUGAAGUCAUCUACACGCUCAUCAUUCGUCGGAAGCCGCUCUUCUACGUCAUUAAUAUCAUAGUGCCGUGCGUGCUCAUCUCCGGCCUCGUGCUGCUCGCCUACUUCCUGCCCGCGCAAGCCGGCGGCCAGAAAUGCACUGUCUCCAUCAACGUCCUGCUCGCCCAGACCGUCUUCUUGUUCCUAAUUGCCCAGAAAAUCCCAGAGACAUCUCUGAGCGUGCCGCUGCUGGGCAGGUUCCUCAUUUUCGUCAUGGUGGUCGCCACGCUCAUCGUCAUGAAUUGCGUCAUUGUGCUCAACGUGUCCCUGCGGACGCCCACCACCCACGCCACGUGCCCGCGCCUGCGCCACGUCUUACUGGAGCUCCUGCCCCGCCUCCUGGGCCCGGCUGCACCCGUCGAGGCCCCCCGCGCCGCCCCGCGCCCUCGGCGGGCGUCGUCGGUCGGCAUCCUGCUCCGCGCCGAGGAGCUGAUCCUGAAGAAGCCGCGGAGCGAGCUCGUGUUUGAGGGCCAGAGGCAUCGGCACGGGCCGUGGACCGCUGCGCUCUGCCAGAGCCUGGGCGCCGUCGCUCCCGAGGUCCGCUGCUGCGUGGAUGCCAUCAACUUUGUCGCCGAGAGCACGCGGGACCAGGAGGCCGCUGAUGAGGAGGUGUCCGACUGGGUGCGCAUGGGGAAGGCCCUGGACAACGUCUGCUUCUGGGCUGCUCUGGUGCUCUUCGGUGUUGGGUCCAGCUUCAUCUUCCUUGGGGGCUACUUCAACCAAGUGCCGGACCUGCCCUACCCUCCCUGUGUGUAAGCCUGAGCCCGUGGCAGCACCAACUUCAGCUUUCCCUUCUCCUAUAUCCUGGGAGAAACCACGUGGGUUUCGAUUUGUAGUGUCUGGGAUCAAACCUAGUACCUCACACGUGUAAGGCAGGAGCUUUGCCACUGACCCACAGCCCUGUGGUUUGAAGAACAAGUUGUUGCCACUGCUGCACUGAUCCUUUCCCACAGCCAAUAGUAAAUGAUUUUUUUUUUUUUAAAAAAAACAUACCUGGCAGUGCUCUGGGGCCACUCCAGGCCCUAUGCUCUCCCAAGUGGGUCAUGUGUUUCUGGGGAUCAAACCAGGGUCUGCCACAGGCAAGACAAGCACCUCAACUUAUACUAUCUGUCCAGUAAAUCUGGAUUUCGUUAGUUUCCCAAGUGCACAUGUGUCUAGGUUUGACCACCAUGCAGGGCUCAGCUCUUGCGUGCCAAUCCUUAAAAGCUAAGAACCACCUUUGACUCGACCUUGCUGACCUCCCUGUUUUUCCAACGCCCCAACCCCAUGUGAGCCCCUAACUAUAAGCUGCUUCUUUGUUUUUGGGCCACACCAGCAGGGCUGAGGGUUGACUCCUGGCUCUGCAGUCAGGUAUUACUCCUGUCAGAGCCCAGGGGAUAUAUGCGUUGCCAGAUUGAGCCAGGCUGGCCUUAGCCCCUGUUCUCUCCCUCUGGCCCCCUCUAUGAGCUUCUAUCUUUAGACAUCAUGUAGCCGAACAGGAAACCCAUUUGCACUCCUCUUCUUGCCUGGCUGUGCUCGAUGGAAUGUGCAGAACUAAACACCCUCAGUCAUUUCCGCUUGGUUUCCUUUUGGGAAGGGGCAGGGGAUGCAGACAGGGAGGAAGUGUGCUUCCCGGGGCUCUCCCACUAGAGGUCUUCUGGGGUCCCACUCUGCUUGUGCUCCAGCCCUUUGAGCCACUCCCCCGUCUGACCCAGCACUCCUCACUCAUCCCCUGCCGAUUCCACACCCAAACUCCCCUUUUCAGAGCUCUGCCUGCUCACCUUGGCUAGCAGCUGGAGUGUAAGAGAAGACAA